AGAGCAAAUGCAUGUAAGAAUUCUGUUUCUCAGAUUAUUCGUUUAGUUUUCUCCACAGAUAAAAUGCUAUUUCCUGUUUGAUCAGGAAGGGAGAAAAAGCAGCAUGGCUUGUGCACCAGGGGUGGUGGUGUUCUCCUAGCUGUGUGUACGGCGUGCUUACAGUUGGGAGGUGCAGAGAGGGUAGUGCUCAAUCACAUGACAGUGCCUGUCUGGCAGGUGUCUGUAGUGUGAGCAGAGAAACCAACUGUUCACUAUUUUGGGUAAAUGAGGUUGGCUCUUACUGCAAGUGGCCCCAUGAAGGAGUCCACGCAUCUGUUGAUAAGCACUGCUCUGCAUACUGGGAUCCUGAAUGCUUAUAGCCGCUUGCUGAAACAGUGGCGUUUCUGACUGAGCUUUGAGAUAGUAGGAAGAAAAGUUUUGCCAAGAGCCGUGCUGAUUUUAAUCUUUAGAUGUUGGCUGUCAGGAUUUGUCUGUGCCUCAAGUACCUCUCUGUUCCUAUGCAAUCACAGCCUUGGAAUCUAGCAGUAAACUGAUUUUUUUGGUUCACUUUACCACUUGGUGCAGUGACUGAAACCUGGUAGAGAGGGACUGAGGUAAGGGUUUCUUGUGAGGAUUAAGCACCCCUUCCACUAUCCUGGGACGCCUCCUGUGUUACAGCAUCUGUCUUCAGGUCCAGGGAUUUCCUCUAAUAUGUUGGAUAAAGCCAAGACACUGCAGCCUGCCUAUGUUGGGAUUGUGCCGCUUGCAGAGACUGUGUCAAAGCAAGGGAAGAGCUAUUCAAGCACGUAUCAAGAUUCAUACCACAGUUUACGAGAAGUGCUGCAGUUGAAGCUCCAGCAGCGACGCACACGGGAGGAGCUGGUGAGCCAAGGGAUCAUGCCGCCUCUGAAAAGUCCAGCUGCAUUUCAUGAACAAAGAAGGAGUUUGGAGCGGGCCAGGACAGAGGACUAUCUGAAACGGAAAAUCCGGUCCCGUCCGGAGAGAUCAGAGCUGGUUAGGAUGCACAUUCUGGAAGAGACCUCGGCUGAACCCUCCCUGCAGGCUAAGCAGCUGAAGCUAAAGAGAGCCAGACUGGCAGAUGACCUCAAUGAGAAGAUAGCGCAGAGGCCAGGUCCCAUGGAGCUGGUGGAGAAGAACAUCUUGCCUGUGGAAUCAAGCCUGAAGGAAGCCAUUAUCGUUGGACAGGUGAACUACCCAAAGGUUGCAGACAAUUCCUCCUUUGAUGAGGACAGCAGUGAUGCCCUCUCCCCAGAACAGCCAGCCAGCCAUGAGUCCCAGGGGUCUGUCCCAUCACCGAUGGACUCUCGGAUUUGUGAGCCUCUCCCUAGCACCACUGGCACAUCACUAGCUCAGGGUACAUCCCAAUUGCAGAUCAGCGCAGACUCCAGUGAAACACUUUUCCUACCUGAACAGCCACCCCCACCUCUGCCACCUCCACCUCUUCUGCCCCCUAGUCUUACCAAUGGAGCAGCUCUUACUGCUGCCAAGCCCCCACCAACACUCAUUAAGCAAAGCCAGCCCAAGUCUGCUAGUGAGAAGUCUCAGCGCAGUAAAAAAGCCAAGGAGUUGAAGCCAAAAGUCAAGAAGCUUAAAUAUCAUCAGUAUAUUCCCCCGGACCAAAAGCAGGACAAGGGAGCUCCUCCCAUGGAUUCAUCCUAUGCCAAAAUACUGCAGCAGCAGCAGCUCUUUCUCCAGCUUCAGAUCCUCAACCAGCAGCAGCAGCACUACAACUAUCAGACCAUCCUGCCAGCCCCACCAAAGCCUCCAGGAGAGCAGCAGAGUGGUGCCACUGUCCCUGCUGUACGCAGUCUCUCUGCCACAGUCAGCAGCGCAUCUUCGGUAUCCUCUGGUUCCAGUGGGCUGAUGCGACAAAACAGUAAUGCUGCAGUGGGCAAGCCUGGCCCUCUCCCUGCCAACCUAGAUGAGAUGAAGGUAGCAGAGCUGAAGCAAGAGCUGAAGUUGAGGGCCUUGCCUGUCUCAGGCACAAAGACGGACCUGAUUGAGCGUCUCAGAGCUUACCAAGAACAGAACAGUGCAGCUGGCCAAACAACCCCCACUCCCAAGCCCAGCACAGCAGCCAUGCUCCCAAAAGCUGCCGAAGUGGUGGUAGCCUUCCCUGCUGCCAGGCUGAGCACAGGGCCAGCCCUGGUCACCACUGGCAUUGCACCAGCAGAAGUAGUUGUGGCCACAGUCACUGGUGGUGGUGUGAUGAAGUUUGGCAGCACAGGCUCGACUCCUCCUGUUUCUCCAACUCCUUCUGAGCGCUCGCAGAUGAGCACAGGGGAUGAGAACUCAGCCACCGGAGACACCUUUGGAGAGAUGGUGACCUCACCCCUGACCCAGCUCACCUUGCAAGCAUCUCCAGUGCAGUUCCUGGUGAAGGAAGAAAGCUCCAAGUCUGCCUCCUGCAGUGUAAAUGCAGCACCCAGGUCGGAGCGGUGUAGCACUGGUAACAGCAAAGAUGCAGAAGUUAGGGACAAGGACCAGAUGCUGCAGGAGAAGGACAAGCAGAUCGAGGAACUCACCCGCAUGCUGAAGCAGAAGCAGCAGCUGGUUGAGAUGCUUAGACUACAGCUAGAGCAGGAGAAGCGCUCUCAGCAGUCACUACCGACCCUAGCGGCUGCAGGAGAAGGAACAGCCCUUGCCUCCAACCCAGCAGCAUUUGGCAUUCAGGUCAAGAGUGAAAAUGGUUUCCUGAGUUGCCAAUCUGCAAAGCAAUCCAGUGGCCAAACAGACCAGUUCAGCCCUGCACCAACUGCUAGCCAAAUGGACACUUCGAAUCCAAGCCCAGUGCCAAAGAAAGCCGUGAUGGUGAAGCAGGAGGUGCCAGCCGCGGAAGCAGAGCCACCGUGCCAGUCCCACAGCCCUCGGCUUUUCCUUGGCCAGCAAGGGAGCUCCCUGAGCGACCUCAUCAAGGGCAGUCCGCCCCCCACCCUCAUCACUGACUCCACAGGGACCCACAUCGUCCUCACCGUGACCAAGCAGAGCACCGAGAGGCAGGGCCUCUCGCCACAUGGGAAGGCAGGGAGUAGCUGCCCGACCUUGCAGAAAGUACAAUCAUCGCCCGCUAAAACUUCCAGCCAACCACAGUGUCAGCUACCUGCAAGCACCCCUCAGCAGCCCACGCAGCAGCAGAAGCAGCCGCAGCAGCCCAGAGGACUAAACCAGUCUGUCAGAAAGCCCUCAUCACAGCCUGGCUCUCCUGCUGCCCUUUCUCCAUCCCAGAUGGACCUGGAGCAGCAACAGCACGCAUCGCUUUUUGGAACUUCUCCAUCUCCUCUCUCUGUUCCCUCGGUCCCAAUGAAAGAGCCACCAGGCUAUGAGGAGGCCAUGAAACAACAGCCAAAGGCCCAGGAGAACGGCUGUUCCAGCCAGCAGAUGGAUGACCUGUUUGACAUUCUCAUUGAAAGUGGAGAGAUUUCCGCUGACUUCAAGGAUCAGUCAUCCCCCGCUGGGAAAGACCCACCGGUGGCCCCAGCCUGCUCCCCACCGCCCAGCAGCCACCAUUCCUCAGAGCUGGCGGUGCCAGUGUCCCUGGGGCAGCCGGUGCCCGUGGGCCGGCUGGAGGACUUCCUGGAGAGCAGCACCGGCCUCCCGCUGCUGACGGCAGGCCAUGAUGGGCCGGAGCCCCUGUCCUUGAUUGAUGACCUCCACAGUGAGAUGCUGAGCAGCUCGGCCAUCCUGGACCAUCCGCCUUCACCUAUGGACACCUCAGAAUUGCACUUUGCUCACGAGCCAUCUGGGGGCAUAGCCCUGGACCUGGCUGAGGCUAAUUUGGACAGCAUGGACUGGCUGGAGUUGCCAGGGGGGCCCGUCAUGAGCCUGGCUCCCCUUAGCACUGCAGCUCCCAGUCUCUUUUCCACAGACUUCCUUGAUGGACAUGAUCUGCAGCUGCACUGGGAUUCUUGCCUGUAACUCUGUGAGCAGAGACUGAAGGGAAUGGGAGUGGGAGGGCAGGGGCAUGCAGGGGGAAGAGGCCAGUCAACCAAAAAGAAAAAAAAGAGAUGAGCUCCAAGUAUUUGUACUCCUCCCCCAACAGUGUCCUUCCUGCACAGAGCCGGCAAUGGUGGCAAAGGCAAAUCUGCUGCUCAAGUCACAGCCAGACCAGAGUAGGGACAGCGGCUGCUGGGGGCAGAAGAGGCUGUAGGAGCUGUGGGGCUGGUGGCCUCCUACCUGCUCUGUGCAGCCUGACCCAACCAGAGUGAGAAGGGAGCCAGCAGCCCCUCUUCCUCCAGGCGGGAGCAGUGGUGGCAGCACAUGGAGCACAGUGUUGCUGGGCAAGAGUUCCCUCACACCUUGCAGCGGGACAGGGCAUGACCAGACUGAGCUGUUUCCAGAAGCAAGCACCCCUCACCUUGCUGGAUGGGCAGAUAAAGGGGGUUGUGCUGCCCCUGCACAGUGGGUUUAACAGUUGCAGAAGGGGAUUCUACCUCUGGAACAGGACACAAAGGCAGGAGUGCUGGCUGCAGUGGCUGCCCUCUGCACCACUGGCUGGCUGUCAGGCAGGGUCUGAUCUGCCAUGGGGCUGUGAGGAGCUGGGCAGAACAGGCACCUUUUCCAAACGUAGCCAAAGGGAACCGGGUUCCGCAACAACCUGGUAGUGUCUGAGCUGGUUUCCCAAAUACUGCUGAGCUUGGCAGAGGCACACCUGCUUGCUUCACUCGCUUUGGGCUGCAAAGCAGAUUUUUAAGGUGCUAAAAUCCAGGUCCUUACAUAUUAAAUUUGUCCUUUGCUGCCCCAGACCUCUGGCUGUGCCCAGUCUGCAGGCACCCCGCUACCCCCCAGCUUCCACAGCACUCAUGGUGGGGGUUAGGGACAAAAAAGCAUCCCAGUAUCCUGUUGUGGUGCAUGGGGCACAGCUGGCAACGAGCAACAUAUCAUUAGGGGCCAUGUGCAAUCUCUCCUGCCUUCAGUUGCGCUGUUCCCUCCCCACAGCAGGUGCCCCAGUGGAAAGAGACAGCUGGGGAUGUCAGCCCUGAUGGGCAAGGAAGGGGAAGUGGUGCUGCAAAAGAGGUGUUGUGUGGCAUGAGAGUCCUGGCUCAGUGGUGCAACUGCGAGGGCCCCUUUUGGGGGAGAAGUGGGAGCAGGUAACAGGCAGCUGACCUCUGCUCUUCCUUCCCUCUAGGCCCACAGAGGGGAAAAGGCAAGAGCAAAUGGCUCUUUACUGUGAGCUGCUGCCAUGGAGGGCCCUGGGCUGGUGCCUCACGGCAGCGGCUGACUGCCGUGAGGGCAGAUGAGUACUCCAAAGUGUCCAGAGCCAUGGUGAUGCUAUUCAUUGUGCAGGAUUUUGCACUGGAAACCCGGACCUCUGGCUCUCUCUCAUGCUGUUACACCUGUCACUUUGGAAUUCCUGCGUUAGUUAGGAGUAACUCGCUGCCACAUUUACCAGGGGAGACAGAGCCUAGCUUUGCCUCAGCAGGCAGCUGUCCCUGCUUGGGCCCUGAGCUGGGCCCAGGCUGGGGGAGCUGGGGAGGGCGAAGCUGGAAGUGGUGGCUAUUGAAAUCAUACAGCCUAAGUUGCUGACCCCACUCAGGCAAUGGAAGGAUAAACCGCCAUCCUUUCCAAUGUCUCCCUGAGGAUGCUGACUGUCCCCACCUUUCCCUCCUGCGGAGGAGUAGGUGUGAGCAGGCACAUGCUGCACCCUUGCACCUUUAGUACCUGGCACUCUUCUCAGGGGGAGGCCUUGCCUGGAGAAACUCCUGCUUUCCUGAGCCCUAUUUGCUUGUUAACUGCAUGGAGAGCCACUUUCUUAAUCAUUUGCAGGGGGACCCUGAUGGCAGCUUCCUUCCUUUCUGCCCCCUUCUGCUCCCUUCUCUCCCCAGUUGUAAGCAAGGCAGAGCUUCUUAUCUGCCUCCCUCAGUGUCUGGGGAACACUGCCUGCUUUCUUUUGUCCAAGCUACAGUGUCAUGUCCUAAAGAGAGAAUAACUGGGACUGGUGGACACCCCCUUGAGCCCUCUCUGAGCCUUCCCUCAGUUCUCUCCUGGUGUUCCCUGGGAGCAGUAGGUGCAUUAGCAAUUGCCUCACAGUGCUUUCCCCAGGGCAUCUGCCCGGCCCUGGUUCCGGGUGAGCAAAGGAGGUAAUCGGUUGCUUAAGGAGGAAAGUAGUGGGAGGACUCUUUCAAAUGCUAAGGGAGAAAAGGGAGGCUACUAUCUCAUGCAAAAUCAGCUGCUUCUGUAGCCCACAGUGAGCCGCAGCCACUACCACCACCCAGCUGUGGGGCUGCUUUGUACAAACACUUGCAAAGCUGCAACCAGUAAACAAAGAAUGAACUUAACCGAAAUGCAGUGAGCUCCUAGAGGUGGAGGGUGCAUGCCCAGCCUGACCCUGGCCUGUGGCAGAGGUGCCGGUGCCUGUCACUGAUGUAGCCCUUCCCAGGGUUGCUGGGGCCAGGCUGAGCUCCUGGCUGUUCACACUCGCCUUCACCCACCCACUGUCAUUUGUGAAACGCUGUAGGGAUUUAAUGGCACCAGUUUAAUUACUUGAAAUUGGCUGAUGGGUUGAAGAGCCCCCAGGGAACCCAGAUGACACAGAAGCAGCCCGACCCUCACCUCCUGAGGAUCCCAGCCGACCUGCCAGAGCCCCUCUGCACAAGGGGCUUCUGCCAGGGGAGCGAGCGCUGACCCUGUGCCCCGGGGCAGAGGGGCAAACGGUACCUCAUCCCAGGAAAGAUUAGAAAGCCUUUUCCCCAAGCAGUGCCCAGCGCAGGCCAGCCCAGUUCUCUGCUUUCUUACUAUUAUUUGUUUGAAUAAUAGUUCAAUAGUUCUUUGUUGGAAGAGGUGUUCCCCCGGACAUACGUUUUUGCACCCACUGGGAAAGAAAACCCACAAAGUCUGAUGUUCUGCCUCUACCUUGAAUGUAAUCCUGAAUCUUUCUGCUGUAACCACUACUUGUUUGUAACGUGUAUUUGAGUAGCGCGCGCUCUCCCUUCCACUAUGCAGCACGCGGCGAGGGGUGGUCGGCACCGCUGGAGACGGGUGGUGCUGGGGCAUCAGAUCCAGAGCGAGUGUUCAACUGGAAACGGCUAAAAGUGACAAGUUAAUGGGGGAGAGAAUGGAUCUUUAAAUUGAAUUAUUUUUUCAGUUACAGAUAUUUGAAAAAAAAAAAAAAUCCAUUUUAUUAAAAAAAUUCCAAACA